UACUGGAAGGAUGUGACAAGCAUCUCAGUGAAUUAAAAUCCCCUUUCAUGAAAGAUGACCUCGGUAUACCUGCAGACAUCUCUGAAUCAGCGGUACUGAGCAGCAGACCGUCAGCAAGGGAGUGUGACGGAGUUGGCCCCGGAGACAGCAAGCUCUCUCCAAAUGACAAUGCCUCUGGCAUGGAAAACUGCCUAAUUCAUCCUCAGACCACUUCAAAAUCUCUUCCUUUGGAUUUAGUUUUUCAGAGCACAGAACCUCCAGUAGAGCAGAGGCUGCCUGUCUGGGCUGUACAGGAGCAUGGGAAGGUUGGUGUCCAUGGUAACCUUCCUGUCUGCAUGCAGUUGUCUGCAUCCACAUGGCCUCAAGCUGCAAUGUGGCCCACAUGCAAGUCCUACAGGUUUCAUCACCAGUGCCAGGAACUGCACUCCUGCUCCUCUGACUCGAAAACCCAACACAGCCUGAAGACAAUCGCAGCUUACAACCACCAGGUGGCUGGUGAUGACCUGUGUGCAUCUUUUAUGCUGGGCUGCCUGUUCUGUCAGCUUGAGGACUGUUUGGUUGCCAUGGGAGACGGAUGUCAACUCUGCAUGGGUACCCUGUGCUCAUCGCUGUGCUCUAAAGUGUGUUGCUGUGACCCCUUCUCUCUACAGCCUUUUCUGGAAGAGUGUCCCAGCUGUGACCCAGCCAGCUGCCUCGAUACCCACUGCUGCCUGUGCAGGGGACCCGGUGUGGACAACUCUGUAUGUGAUUUAUGUCUUCAUGCAACUGAAUGUCUGGAUUUAGGCAUGGAGGUGUCUCAGCUCCUUUUCCACUGAAGCCCUGUGUAGUAUGCAUCACAGCAGUCGGUGAAUGACGGAUCGUUAAGUGAAUCUAAUCUUGGGGGGGACGGUGAGAAGCAUACAAGUCCACUAUGGGAAGACCUAUGGGCAUGUUAACAUGUGUAACAGGUACUUAGCCUGUUAACAGCAUCUUCAGUGCGACAGAACUUGAUCUCCUCAGAAACUAACUGAAACUGUUCCCCGUCUUCAUUGCGUAUUUAUUUUAUUCCGGUGAUUUGCCACACUGACGGUCCUUAACUCAUUUAUUUGUGCUACCAGCAGUCUAGGUUUCAAAUAUGAGCUUUUGUAUGUGUAGCAUUAGUGAUAUUGAGCAGCAGGCUAGACAGGAGACAGGAGAGAAUGGGCCCCACAGCAAAAGAGCUUUGUAAGACUUAUUUUACAUGGUUUUAUUCACCUGGCAAUCAUACUAAUUCAUGAGGUAAGCACCAGACAGAGCCCAGGUCUCAAUAUGGGUGUUAUUGAAGACAACGGUUGCAACAAGUGCGUGUGCCAGUCUCACUGAUACAAUAAAUGGUGACCCCUCAUAGCAUCCGUGAAGUCAUUUUUAUGAGCUGCUUUGAGUGAAAGCAUGAACAACCCGUCCCCUGAGAGACAUCAACUCCAUUAGCCGCGGUAAGAGUGUGAGUGCUAAGAGUCUGGAAAGGGCUCUGAGAUGUGGUAGAGAAAAGCAUUAGCACUUAAGCGAUGUAAGGCAGGACGGGGGAAGCACACAUGGCAAGGCAGUUUCCCCUCUCGUCGUCUAAACUUUGUCCUUGAAAUGACAACCAAAAAAUUCAAACAAUCGUCGCCCGCUGCAGCCUGCGUCCACUCAGA